AUGGGCCGUAAGAAAGGAAAGGCCAACGCGGCCCAGAACGAGACCCAGAACGGGACCCAGAACGAGACCCAGAACACGACCCAGAACGAGACCCAGAACACGACCCAGAACGAGACCCAGAACACGACCCAGAACGAGACCCAGAACACGACCCAGAACGAGACCCAGAACACGACCCAGAACACGACCCAGAACACGACCCAGAACGAGACCCAGAACACGACCCAACGGCAAGCACGGGAUAUUCAGACACCCGUCUCAGACCGUGAAGGGUCCCACGACGUGGAGAAGCAAAGAUCGGAACCAUCGAUUACGGAAGUGAAAGCACGGGACAUUCAGACACCCGUCUCAGACCGUGAAGGGUCCCACGACGUGGAGAAGCAAAGAUCGGAACAAUCGAUUACGGAAGUGAAAGCGACUCCCCAGCAGACGAGGUUUGCCAGAAGUCCGACUCGGGCGGGUGACUUCGCUCCAAAUGCAGGCGACCACCACUCGGAUGAUGCAACAGACGUUGAUAUUGAUGAUGCAUCUGAGCAGGAUGCCCCAGUCGAGAGCGAGCUGGAGCCUAUCAGCAGUUGGGUCAAGAAGAUCAUCCGUAGUGAAACUUUAGCGCAGUCCGACAAGAUGGUUGAGCAGUUCUUCACGGCCAAUAAACCCCAGUUUGCAGAAUGUGAGCAAUUCUUCCAAAGGCUCAAUCAGCAGAUCCGGGCGGCCAACGCAGAGCACAUGGUGGAUAACGUUGACACCGGCGUCAUCCCCGAAACCGGCUAUAACGGUCUCUGUCAAACUUGGCAACAAGCGGCCAACUGGGCCGUCGCAAGAAGCUCCCCGCAAGACUUCUGGGAGGCUUUCAAUACGACCCAUGAUCUCCUCAAUACUUUCAACAAGAGAUACCACCUUCCACAGAGUUGGAACAUCAGUGAAGCGUGGGCGGAAAAACUGAUUGGAGCCCCGAACCCGGACCCCCGGAAAGACCUGGAAGCCGAUUUCGCCAGCGAUCAUCUGAGCAUCAAAUCGGAUGUUGUCGCUGAAGAAAGCAGUGUUUCGGGACUCGAUGCCUUGGAGGCAAGGGCAGUCAAACAGCAGCGCCAAUCGAAAUCGGCGGAAGUCUUAUACUGGUGGCCCAAAGGAACAGGGUCACAGAUAUUUGUGCGCUACGGAGGCCAGAAGGCACCUAUAUAUCGAAUUCGCGCUGGUUCGCAUGAACCCUACGACAAGACUCAGGUGAAGCGAGUCCUGACCUCACAGGCUCGAGGAACAGCUAAAGUAACGGGGACUAAGAAUGGGUUUCCCGAGGAAUUCUGGAAAUACAAAAGAGAAGAUGUGAAAGACUUGAUUGGCGUGGGUUGGAAGAUAGAAGAUGACGACGAAGAGGGAUUGAACCCGCUCAGUUAUCUCCAGCCCGCAAAGAGAGCUAUUUAUCCUCAAACUCGUUGUCUGGUAAAGUGGAAGGAUGGUAUCACGACACUGGAAGGGCGAGCCUUUCUCCGUCGUAUCACCCAUGGCUCAGCGCUAGAUGGUGACCGAGUGAUAUACCAAAAGGCCGCCGAACUUGAGAGUGCUUACCGAAAAACACAAGGCCUCGAGGAGCGGGAGGAUGUCGACGAGGAGGACCACAUAGACGACACUGAGAGUGAUGCGUCUUCCGACUCAGCGAGUUCGCUCCACAAUAAACCUCGAAGAGAACCAGUGUACUCUUCUAAAGCUCCAAAGAAGACUAAAAAUCAUCGGCGCUACGAGGACAGCAGUAGCAGUGAUGCGGAGAGCCUUGCCUCGCGAGUUUCGUCCUCAAGAAGACACCGCGGUGGAGCAGCCUCUUACCGUCAACCAGGACGAGGGAAGUCUGAGAGCCACGAAGCUACGAUCCGGAAGCUUGAGCAAGAGAUCGCACGACUCAAGAUGGGAAAACCAUCAAAGGGUUAUCGCAAGGUGCACUGA